GUUUUGCGCCACCCACAAACUUGAAAGUGCCAUUGUACAGAAUCACUGAAUACAGCGAUACCCUAAAAUUUGACUCUCGAUAUCAUUUGACUACUCGCUUUCACACGAACUGCCAUCUCAUGGCUUUGGCAUCAUUCCUAACAGCGUCCAACAUAGAAUGCAUUCUGCAUCUUCCGUCUCUCACUGAUACAACCUCCGAAAGGUAACACCACAUGAGUGUGCAAAGUCUACGCGACGCACUACUAGCCUCUUUGUCCUCUCUACCAGGAACUCGACAAUUCCACAUCCACGUCCUCGUUUCCUCCCCACGCAAACAUUCUGGCUUGUUCCCUUACGUGCACCCACGUCCCAGAAUAUAUCUACAAGACAUUCUCGUUCUUUUAUCUGAACAGACAACCACAGAUGCACCCCGAGUAUUUGUGACGGCCAUCGAAGCCUCCGUCUAUAACAUCCCAGCUACCUCAUGCGGGAUCCUUUACAUCUCAAAAGUCGAUUCUAGUGGCCAAGGCAUCUAUCCUUCACCAACAGCCACUCUUGUUCGUUCCUUUUUGACCUACUAUGCCGAUCCGGCGACGAGGCCCAUUACAGUGGACACCCUGUGGGUUCAGCUGUUUGCGAGGGCACAAGGACAGUACCUUUUCCCAAACUCAUCAGAGUUUCCUGGGAAGCGUCCCUUGUCGGAUGUAAAGCUCUGCGUAUGGUGGAAACGUUUGUUCACUGAAGUCGCAGAAGAGGCGGAGGGUCAGCUUCAGAGCGGGAGCAGUGGGGAGAAGAACGGGAAAAUAAAGUUGUUCUAUCUUCUUCCUGGAUAUAGCGAACUCGAGGCUCAAUACUCGCUCAAGAUCAAUUCGGCAGCUGUUCAACAUCCUUCCAGGUCGAUUCAGUGGGUUUAUGGUCAUCCUUACUCCCAGUCUGAUAUCCCACUCCCUUGUCCUCGGGCAGCUUCGCAAGAACGCCAUCUAGGGUAUUGCAUUCCCUCGUUUGAUGAUGACCCAAAGUCUCGUUUCAUGGACGAUUUGGCUCAUACGACUGAGUCGAAUGGUGUGAAAUCCCCCAAGAAAAAGAAACCCAGGACUAGUUUGACAAAGAAACCCGAAAGUACCGCGUCCACUUCGGAGGGAGUUCCGCCCACACGAAAAGCAGAACACGGAGAAGACAAUGAGGAGCAUCACAUUCGCAUAGGAGAACUCGACAAGGUUUCUCCAGACGAAUUUUGGGAACGUAUGUCGUUCCGUCAAGAGUGUAUCUCCGGGGCCAUUACAGGGUUCUUCGCACUUGGUAUCUCUACCGCACUCUCUGACCGCCCCCCACCCUCCACAUCUUCCACUAAACCUGUUUCCCGAAGUUCUUCCACGCCGUCGCCUCUGGCACCUCAAGCGGGCCAAGUCGCAGCGCGUCUCGUCCGUCGGGUUGUAUCAACCUUACUCACUUGCCACGAAUUCUCCACGACCGAACGCGCGAUACGAGCCACGGAGACGUUGGAAGAAUCCAUCAAAGGGCUUUGCGAUAACAUUGCUAGCGUACCGGUAACCAGCAAGCCCGAGGUCUCUUCUACCGCUCACUUGCUAUUCUUCCGUGACGCCGACGAGUCUUCUACGCCAGUACCUGACGAGACACCUCCAGAGGCAGGGGCAGGACCCAGUAAUUUAACCUAUCUUGACGUACCACGUACCCCACCUCGUAGAGGAGGAUCACUCCCCGAUAUAUCUCCAAACCCAUUCCCGGAACCUGUAGCUUCACUCGAUACCUACCACUCGCAUAUUUAUGGAAGCGUCUUGGUAAACAAUCCUCCGUUGCCGGAGAAGGCUCUUACGACUGGCGUGGGUGCCGCAGGUAAGGGAGAAGGGGACGCUGGGUCAAGGCCGGUUACUGUUUUAGCUGUGAGGAAGAAGAAGCGGAAAUCGGAUGCUUGAAGCCGAAGAAUGGAGGAGGCUGCUAGGAAAGAGUGAAAAAGGAGAAGAUGAAGAGAAGAAGAAGAUGAACGGAGGUUGUUCGUUGAGAAGUGUUUUGAGUGCCUUGCUUUGCUAUUCGUGUUUUCUUCAUAUUAUAGUGUUGCUUCUUAUAUGCUUUCAUUACUAGUCCCGUUCAUACGUGUAUCAUCCAGAAUUAGAUUUAAGUUAAGCCACAAGCGUAAGGUGUUCCAUUAGUACUC